GCUGAGGCGGUUCCGCUGGCUGCUGGGUGCGCGGCGAGCGAGUCUUGGUGCGGCCGGCUCGGCUCCUACAGCGCCCGAGGCCCCGGUCCCGACCCCAGCCGCGGCCCGGCCGCCGCCUGAACAUGGACUCCGCAGGCCAAGAUAUCAACCUGAAUUCUCCUAACAAAGGUCUGCUGUCCGACUCCAUGACAGAUGUCCCUGUCGACACCACGGUGGCCGCCCAGACUCCUGCUGUUGAGGGUCUGACGGAGGCUGAGGAGGAGGAGCUUAGGGCUGAGCUCGCAAAGGUGGAAGAGGAAAUUGUCACUCUGCGCCAGGUCCUGGCAGCCAAGGAGAGGCACUGUGGAGAGCUGAAAAGGAAGCUGGGCCUCUCCGCCUUGGAGGGCCUGAAACAGAACCUGUCCAGGAGCUGGCGUGAUGUGCAGGUCUCUACCGCCUAUAUGAAAACCUCUGAGAAACUUGGCGAGUGGAAUGAGAAAGUGACCCAGUCAGACCUCUACAAGAAGACUCAGGAAACUUUCUCUCAGGCGGGACAGAAGACGUCCGCUGCCCUGUCCACUGUGGGCUCUGCCAUCAGCAGAAAGCUCGGAGAUAUGAGGGCCCGUCCGUUCUCCCACUCGUUUAGCAACUCUUCAAUCCGCCACUCGAUAAGUAUGCCAGCCAUGAGGAAUUCUGCGACCUUUAAGUCCUUUGAAGACCGAGUUGGGACCAUAAAGUCUAAGGUUGUAGGUGGCAGAGAGAAUGGCAGUGACCACCUUCCCUCCUCGACGGGGAGUGAUGACAAGCCCCUGCCCGACCACACGCCCUUCUAAGCCCGUCGCAGCUUUGCCCAGCCUCGGAGCACGUGCAGGCCCACCCGUCAUCACCACAACUGCACCUCUGCAGCGGGACAGCCGGCCAGGCCGUGGGCGAGCGUGCAGAGCUGGUUUUGAGGACAGUCGUGCUGUUCACACAUGGACCUGGCUGCUGCGCUCGCAUGAGUUAGAGAACACAGUUUUGUACGCAGAUGCUUUACACUGAAGUUGGUAGACGCAGGACCACUGUGCCGUCCGUCCUGGGCUGCAGGGGUGGACAGGGCAGUGGGCCCUUUGGGAAUCUGGUGGGUUCAUGAGAACGUGGAAGGGAUGGGAGAGUGAUAUGCGUAAAAUAAGUGGUAUUUCCUAAAACCUCUCCUUCCCUAAGUUCUAGAAGGAAUGUACAGAAGGAAGAUUCAUCCAGAGAGUCCUACCUGAUCCUCAGUUUUUAUUUCAAACGCUAAACAAGAAAACUGUGCAUUUUCUGAAACCCUCCAGAAAAGAAACUGGUUCUCAGCAACUGCCUAAUUGUUACACUAAUGAUCUAGCUUUAACGAAAGCAAAUUCUUUAUUUUUUAAAUGCAGCGAAUUUUUCAAAAAUUAAAGCUAAGCGAAGCUUUAGUCUCAUAGUUAGGAAACAUUAUUUCUUUGGACUCAAGCUGAAAUACAAGCCUUACAUCGCCUUA